AAAAAAAAGAAAAAUUUCGGCCAUUACAUUUUAGAGAGAGAAAUACUUCUUUUGUUCCAUUAAUAUCAUUUUGUGUAUAGAAAAUAUCUAUAAUAUUUUCUAAAUAUUAUUAGAAAUAUUUUCUAUAGAAAUAUACAAGAUUAUUAUUAUCCCAAUUUUAAUCUUUAUAUUUUAUACUACUAUAAUCUUUACUAGCAUAAAGAUUGUGGUAGACUCCGGCGUUGUUCGUGUGUCAAAGUUGGAGACCAGACGCUUAAACGGUUACGUUUGCACUUUCAACGCUCUUCCUACGACUUCUUCGUUUUUACCGCUUACGGAGAAAGGAAGGUACGGACCAAGUUCAGGAAGCCAAAAUUGACUUCCUAAUGCAGGAGUACGAGAUGUUCAGAAUGCAGGAAGGCGAAAAGAUCGAUGACAUGUUUGAUCGGUUCUCAAAGAUGAUCAACGACCUUCAUGCACUCAAGAAGACCUACGCCAACAAGGAUCUUGUGAGAAAAAUCCUGCGAAGUCUCACACCCGAAUGGAGAUCAAAGGCAGAUGCAAUCUAUGAAUCCAUCGGAGUCUCAAAUGUCACCAUCGACGGGUUAAGAGGUAAUUUCAAAACUUAUGAAUCUACUAUCCUAACCCCAUCUUUGAAUGAACAAAAGAAGAAGGGAAUAGCGCUGAAAGCAACCAAGGAGACCAUGGAAGAAGCUUCAAGCGAUGACGACAACGAGUUCGGACUCGUCAUCAAGAAAUUCCACAAAUUCAUGAAGAAGGAAUUUGAACGGAAAGGAAGAAAGCACGACGGUCCCCCAAAGUGCUAUGGCUGUGGCGAGAUAGGCCACAUCAAGCCAAGAUGUCGAAAAGGCAAAAGCAGCAAGGACAAACCUGGCUUCAAAAAGCAACGAGCCUAUAUCUCAUGGGGUGGCGACUCCGGCGACGAGUCAACUGAUCAAGAAGAGGACGAAGCCGCCAACCUCUGCCUCAUGGCGCAUGAAGAUCAAACCGACGUCAUUCAAGAGGUAUGAAGAAAUGCAAGAAGCACUUCAUGAGCUUUAUGACGAAUUUGUUAGCACUUCUAAAACCAAUAAAUCACUAAAGAAACGUCUUUCAACCCU